AUGCCACCAACACUGGAACUUGAUGGUCGACACCCGAUUACCAUCGAGUCUGCUAUCGAGGAAGAAAAAGACGUCAUUAAUUGGGCUUCGUAUGGACCCGCGACUGACAAACUGUACAAGGGGCUUUGGGAACAAAGAGAAUCGAUAGAAGCUCUUGUCAAACAUCAUCUGGCGUUGGGCAAGCGAGACAGGUGCAGUGUGCUGCCGCCGUCGGCCUGGAUUCGAGGCAGCUUCAAUGUUUGCGUCUUCGUCGAGGUCAAUUCCAACCAUCCAUACAGCAAGGUAAUCUUCCGUUGUCCCAUGCCACACAAGCUUGCCGAAGCCAGGUAUCCCGGCAGCAUAGACGAAAAGUUGGGCUGUGAGGUAGGAGCGUCAAUAUGGGUGGAAGAAAAUUGCCCAGAGAUCCGCUCACCCCAUCUGUUUGGCUUUGGCUUUUCGGACGGCCGCCAUUUCACACAUGCGACACGCAUGCCAUUCCUUUCGCGUAUCAUCCGUCUGUUUUGGCACUCUGCAUACAAACUCUCCCGACUUCCGUUGCUGUCCCGCUAUGUCUGGAAUCCGCCAAGCCAUCAAGUGCGUACUGCGUACAUGGUGUUGGAAUAUCUGGGUCCUGAAACGGGUCGGAUGCUUUCGGAUUCGUUUGAUGCGCAACGAGACGAUGAAGCUCAGAGGCGGCGGCUGUUCAGGGGUCUGUCGCGGAUUCUGAUUUCUCUCGCGCGCAUUCCCCAAGCGGAAAUCGGGUCCUUCCAGUUCCACAACAAUGGCACCGUGACGCUGACGAAUCGACCCCUCUCGUGUUCGAUGAUGAUUUUGGAGAAUGACGGGGCGGAAAAGACGAUACAGCGCGACACUACGUAUAACUGUGCUGAUGCGUUCGCAUCGGACACAAUCACCUUUCACGAUCACCGAUUUCUCAGUCAGCCAAACGCGGUGUAUAGCGAGGACGACUGCCGGGGCCAGAUGGCGGUCAAAACCUUGCUCCGAGUCUUGUCACACCUCUACAUCAAACCAGAACUCCGCAACGGCCCAUUCUUACUCCAGCUUACUGACUUCCACGCGAGCAACGUCCUGGUUGACGAGCAUUGGAAUGUUACGGGCUUGAUAGACCUGGAGUGGAUAUGCGCCCUUCCCUCAGAGAUGCUCGAGUGUCCAUAUUGGUUGAGCGGCUGUGCCAUCGAUCAGAUCAAAGGCGAGAAACUGGAACGGUUUGAUCGGGUACGACGAGAGUUUAUGCGCAUAUUCGAGGAGGAAGAGCAAGCUACCAAGGCCAAGAUGAGGCACGACAUCACUCUCUCCAAAGUCAUGCAAGACAUGUGGGAGUCAAAAGGAGUGUGGUUUUGGCAUUGUUUGUCGUCUGUGAAUGCCAUGUAUUAUCUUGUCCAGACUCAUCUGUGUCCGCCCAAAUCUCUUUCAGUCGAGGCCGAGGAGUGUUUGUCGAGAUUCUGGUGCGGAGACUCGGAGGCCGUUGUUCGGAAGAAGAUGGCGGAUAAGCAAGCAUACGACGAUCAAGUUCGAAAGUUGUUCAGUGAGUGA